GAUGAAGCUCAAAAUGUGUCACAUCCUGGCUGAGAACCAUUGAGGGAACAAAGGAGUUGUGAACCAAAUGAUGGCAAUAGCCUGAUAUCCUCAAUCCAACAAACAAGAUGUCAAAACGGCCAUCCUAUGCCCCUCCCCCUGCCCCAGCCCCCACAACACAAAUGCCCACCACCCCUGGGUUUGUGGGGUACAACCCAUACAGCCAUCUGGCCUACAACAACUACAGGCUGGGAGGGAACCCCGGCGGGAACAACAGGGUAAUGAACUCCUCUGGGAUCACCGUUCCUAAGCCACCCAAACCACCCGACAAGCCGCUGAUGCCCUACAUGCGGUAUAGCCGGAAGGUAAGCAGGAAGGUUUGGGACCAAGUUAAAGCCUCUAAUCCUGACCUGAAGUUAUGGGAGAUUGGAAAGAUUAUUGGUGGCAUGUGGAGGGACCUCACUGAUGAGGAAAAACAGGACUAUUUAAAUGAAUACGAAGCUGAGAAGAUCGAGUAUAAUGACUCUCUGAAGGCCUACCACAACUCUCCAGCCUACCUGGCAUACGUCAACGCUAAGAACCGUGCUGAAGCUGCCCUAGAGGAGGAAAGCCGGCAGAGACAAUCACGACUAGACAAAGGCGAGCCCUAUAUGAGCAUCCAGCCUGCUGAGGACCCUGAUGACUAUGACGACGGGUUCUCCAUGAAGCAUACAGCGGCAGCUCGUUUCCAGAGGAACCAUCGGCUGAUCAGCGACAUUCUGAGCGAGGUUGUGGUGCCUGAUGUUCGCUCAGUGGUGACCACCGCUCGCAUGCAGGUCCUCAAACGUCAAGUCCAGUCUCUCAUGGUGCACCAGAGAAAGCUGGAAGCAGAACUGCUUCAGAUUGAGGACCGACAUCAGGAUAAGAAGAGAAGGUUUCUGGAGAGUACAGAUUCCUUCAACAAUGAGCUCAAACGGUUGUGCGGUCUGAAGGUGGAAGUGGACAUGGAGAAGCUGGCAGCUGAAAUGGCUGCUGCGGAGGAGGCAGCUCGCCGCAGGGCAGAGGAAAGAGAGAGGGAAGCGGCAGAGCAGGUGGAGAGAGCUGCUCAAGAAGAACAGCAGCCAGCCAGCGCCCAGACCAAUGCCAACCCAGAGCAGACCUCCACCAGUGAGGCCAAGGAUGGAGAGGAUAAGCCCACGCCAAUGGAGACAGAUGAGGCUCCACCUGAAGGUUCUGAAGGACCUCCGGAGGCAGAGCAAGUUGCCUCAGUUGCAACUGGAGAGAAACUGGCCCAACCUGAGCCUGCAGAGGGCGCUACAGACGAGGGCACUAGUGACAGCACCGCUCCUUCUGAAAGCAGCUCUGGACCUCCAGCAGAACCCCAGGCCUCAGACAACACCCCUGAAGAGCGACUGCCAGCCCAGUCACAAUAACCUCACCCCAUUAAUCUUGGUUUCACUUUGCUCAUUGUAGUCUUAUGUCCUUAAGAAUUUAACAUUGAAUCCCAUGACCUGGCAGUAGAGCGAGUGAGAACAGUAGAAACCCCCCCCCAAUAUCCUACAGUGAAAGAUGUUGUGAAAGGACUGCAGUACUCUGAUAAUGUCACAUGAGCUUUACAUCUUAAUUGCUGCUCCACUGAAAUUCAGUCAGCUGUGUGACAGGUAGGCACAACUUUUUACUUAAUGCAAGAUGUUACAAGCCCACUUGAGCACUCUGGGGCUUUAUGGCUCUUGAAAGUUUUUUUUUUUUUUUUUUUUUUUUUUGCCAUUGUUA